UAACUCUCAUGUACCCAAGAUAUUAUUCCCUUUUGUAUUUCUCAUGAAUUUUGGAUUUGUUUUAGGUUUUUAUUGUUGGGAUUGGGGCUACUUAACCGCCCUUCUACUCUUCUCCACUUCAUCAUAAUUAAUAUCAUUCAUUUUCUUUCAUUUUAUUAAAACACCUUUUCUUUUUGCUUUUUAGUAACUCGAACUUAUAAUUUAUGUACUUAUCAUCUGAGCAGACCCUUCUCGUCUAAGUUGAACGUAGUCUUUUGAAUGGGGGAAUUAGAGGAUGAAUGUGAAAGGAAUUUGUUAGAGUAUGUAAGGAAGGCAUCAACAUCACCAUUCUUGCUAAAAACAUACAUGUUGGUGGAGGAUCCGGCGACGGACGACGUCAUUUCUUGGAAUUCCGAUGGAUCGGCGUUUAUAGUCCGGCAACCGGCGGAGUUUGCUAGAGAUUUGCUUCCAACGCUUUUCAAACAUAGCAACUUUUCUAGCUUUGUCCGGCAACUUAAUACCUAUGGUUUUCGUAAAGUUACAACAAGUCAGUGGGAGUUCAGCAACGACUUGUUUCGCAAGGGAGAGAAGGAUUUACUAUGUGAUAUUCGUCGAAAAAAAGCAUGGACAAACAAGCAACAACCUCCAAACAAAAACAACAAGAAAGAAAGUGAAGAUGAAGAUCAAAAGUCAUCAUCUUCAACUUCUAAUUCUUCAUCAUCAUUUGAGUACAAUAGCCUUGUUGAUGAGAAUAAAAGGCUUAAAAUGGAAAAUGGAGAACUAAGCUAUGAGCUUUCACUAGUAAAUAAGAAAUGCAAAGAACUUAUUGAUCUAGUGGCCAUUUUGUUAAAGAAUUCAAAUGAAGAAGAAAAAAAAGAAGGGCAAAAAGGUAAAAGGCCAAUGUUGUUUGGAGUGAGGCUAGAAGUUGAAGAAGAAAUGGAAAGGAAGAGAAAAAAAGUUGAGUUAAAUGAAAUUGCUAGUGUUUUCCUCUCUCAAACUAUGCAAAUAAAAUAGGAAAAAAGAGAUAUAUAUUAUUGAAUAGAGUUGUUCGAUAAGGUCCACAAGUUAAUUCGAACAUCAUCGUCAGAUUGGAAAAUGAAUUAUAUGUAUUUUAAUUGCAAGUCUUUCAUCUUUUCAAGACUUAUAAAGAGUCACAAUCUCUUGUAAUUUGAUAAUAUAUAGUUAACUUAAUUAUAUAUAUCGAUAAUGUAAAAUGUAAAACAUUAUCAAUAAGAAUGUCAAACAAUUCUUGUCUAAUUUAUAAAAUCAAUGAAUAAUUUAUCA